AUGCCGUUCCUGGAGCAACGGGUCCAUGCCGUGGGGGUCGAGCCUCGAGACGGCGAGGAGAUUGUCUGGAACACCGCCUUCUUUCAGGCUGCUCACGGAAUGUUGGGCCACUUCGACCCAUCUGCCAUCAAAUGCCUCAGUCUGGCAGGAUCUCACACAAACUGUGUGUUGAGAAUCCUUGGCCAGGAAAUCUUGCAUGAUGGAGAUGAAUCCAUCUGUCAUGAUGGCAAACUCAACCUGGAGCUUUUGCGAAAGAAGGACGAAGCUUUCUACCGGGCGGCAACGCACGGGGUCAAUUGGAAAGUCCUGAGGAAGGAAGCCGCCAUGCACCUGCCUCAUCUGUUGAGCAUGAUCCAACGGACAGGAAAUGCGACCAUGCAGAGGCAGGAGCACGAGCUCCAGCUGAUGAGACGUCUCCACAGGCUUUGGGUGACCGAGUCGACCCAUACGAAGCAUGUCGAUUUCCUCUCCAUCAAGAAGAAGGUUACCACUGGGAAAACCGUGCACUUUAAGGCUCUACCGAACCUUUACACAUUCGCACUCAAGCAUGCCGGAGGGCGGACUCCGUUUCUCAUGGAUGAGACGGAGGCCUUUGUCAGAAGGCACUCCCCAAGCACCCGCAGUUUGGGCGCCGAGUUUUGGGAGAAGAUCAGCAUGGAGGUCAAGGGUACCAACCAGUUCUCGAGGGCACGACAUGCACUUGUGAAGCUCGCAUAUGCCAAGGAAGUGGCACAGGCAGGCGAUGCUAAGAGGAUGAUGCACAAGGACAUGUUGACCGAGGUCCGUGCCGCAGACCUCAUCAUGUAUCAAUGGCGACAACUCGUUGAAGGGCUAUCCAAGGGGAAAGACCUGCUUGCCUCGCCGGAAUUGAUCACUGCACUCAACUUCGCUGACAUGCACUUGAUCGGCUUCCUCUUGAAGCUGCCCGUGGACGUGAAGCAGUACUCUUCGAAGGAGGCUUUGGCCCACGAUGCCGUCGUUAUCAUGCGAGGGAUUUGCGGGCAGCACGUGGACUCGCCAUGGGAAGCUCAUGCCCUGCAACAGAAGGUCGCCGAGGACACUUCCAGCCCCAAGGUCGUUGCGAUGAGGGAGCUGAACCCAGAUGGGACGGUUAAGCAACCCUUGACACUCCUCGAGGAUGCAGGCUUCAAGGUUGGAUCAUGGUGCAGAAGGAAGAGCGAUGGGCAGUCCGGCCAGAUCGUAGUAUGCCAAGGAGGCAAAGUGCAAUUGAAGCAGGCCGACGGCAACCUGGGCAAGGUCGUGCUGGACGUGUUUCUCGGCGGUGAUUGGGCAGUCUUCACACCGAAGCCCGAACCAGUGCUGAUCCCAGAUGUCCUGCAGUAUGCCCCCAGCAAGCAUCCGGAUUUCCAGAAGCAGCAAAUGCAGGCCACCAUGAUGCUUGAUAUCUUCGAUCUGCAGGCUAAGCAUGAAGCUAACAGCAUGCUUGCACGGCUACACAUGCACUUGAAGCCCCAGAAGAAGAUUGUGGCAAUUGGGAAAAUUCCCAAGAUGAGACUCACUCUGGUCCCAUGCAGCUUGCAGUUGAAGCAUGGGGCCAAGGUGCCCGACGACUGCUUUGAAGUCUUCCCAGCUGUGGGUGAUGUGCAUUUCUGGUCGGCUCCGAUGCUCGUGCUUCCGAAAGCCGAGGGCGAUGCUGGCUUUGCGAACUUAGCCUUCAUGAUUCAGAGCACUCAUGAGGAGGACCUCGCCAACAUGGAAGUCUGCUACGUCAGAAGCCAACGAAUGAAAGAGAUCCAGCUACCCCUGCUCAAGAAUGUUCGUGAAGUCGCUGAAGGCGAGAGCCUUUGCAUUUACAAGGAGAAGACUGAAGUUCCGCCUAUGCCACUCGAUCAAGACUCUCCGAAGCCGAACAAGAGAAUGCGCACGAAGGCUCCGGCAGACCCAUGA